GAAGGAAAUCUGAGUGACGUGUCAGCGCGCAGCGGGUGGAGCGGCGGGCGGUUGGUGCACGCGGGUCCGGACAAUGGCUCACAGUUACCCGGAGGCCAAGCGGCUCGAGGUGAUUGAUGACUACCAUGGCUAUAAAAUAUCUGAUCCGUAUAGAUGGUUGGAAAACCCUGAUAGUGAAGACACAAAGGCUUACGUGGAAGCUCAGAAUAAAUUGACAUUACCAUUUUUGGAAAAGUGUUCAAUAAGAGAAAAGUUCAAAGAAAGAAUGACAGAACUCUAUGAUUAUCCAAAGUACAGCUGCCAUUUUCGAAAAGGAACAAGGUAUUUUCACUUCUUCAACACUGGGUUACAGAACCAAAGUGUGAUGUAUGUCCAAAAUUCACUCGAUGAUGCACCUCAAGUUUUUCUUGACCCCAACAAAUUCUCAGAUGAUGGAACAGUGGCUUUGAGAGGUUAUGCAUUCUCUGAAGAUGGUGAAUAUUUUGCAUAUGGACUAAGUACAAGUGGGUCAGACUGGGUAACCAUCAAAUUCUUAAAAGUUGAUGGUGCUGUGGAACUUCUAGACACCCUGGAAAGAGUGAAGUUCAGCUGCAUGGCUUGGACCCAUGAUGGAAAGGGAAUAUUUUACAAUUGUUACCUGAACCAAGAUGGAAAGAGUGAUGGGACUGAGACUUCUAUGAAUCUUCACCAGAAAUUGUACUAUCAUAAACUGGGAUUUCAACAGUCUGAGGAUAUAUUGUGUGCUGAAUUUCCAGAUUACCCCAAGUGGAUGGGUGGAGCUGAGGUAUCAGAUGAUGGACAGUAUGUUCUCCUGUCAAUUCGAGAGGGCUGCGAUCCAGUCAACCGACUUUGGUAUUGUGACCUGAAAGAGUUGCCUGAUGGUAUCAAAGGAAUUCUACCUUGGGUCAAACUAGUGGAUAACUUUGAUGCAGAGUAUGAAUAUGUCACCAAUGAAGGGACAGUGUUCACAUUUAAGACAAAUCUCACUUCUCCACAUUAUCGCUUAAUUAAUAUUGACUUCAGUGAUCCUGAUCCUUUCAAAUGGAAAACCUUAGUUGCAGAGGAUAAGAAAGAUGUACUAGAAUGGGCAGGAUGUGUCAAGAACAACUUUCUGAUUUUAUGCUACCUCCAUGAUGUGAAGCAUGCUCUACAGCUUCAUGAACUGGCCACAGGCGCACACUUAAAGACAUUUCCAUUGGACGUGGGCAGUAUUGUGGGCUACAGUGGGCAAAAGAAGGACACUGAAAUCUUCUACCAGUUUACUAGUUUCCUGACACCAGGUAUUAUUUAUUACUGUGAUCUGACCCAAGAUGAUUUGGAGCCACGAAUUUUCAGAGAAGUGACUGUGAAGGGAUUUGAUCCAUCUGAUUACCAGACUGUUCAGCUCUUCUAUCCAAGUAGAGAUGGGACACAGAUACCAAUGUUUAUUGUCCAUAAGAAAGGAAUCAAACUUGAUAACUCUCAUCCUGCUUUUCUUUAUGGAUAUGGAGGCUUCAAUAUAUCUCUCACACCAAGUUACAGUGUUUCAAGGCUUAUUUUUGUGAGACAUCUGGGUGGUGUUUUGGCUGUUGCUAACAUCAGAGGAGGAGGAGAAUAUGGAGAGAGCUGGCACAAAGGAGGUAUGCUGGAAAACAAACAGAAUUGUUUUGACGACUUUCAAUGUGCUGCUGAAGUUCUCAUCAAAAAGGGCUACACUACUUCAAAGAAACUGACCAUUAAUGGAGGCUCUAAUGGUGGUCUGUUAGUCGCGGCUUGCGUGAACCAGCGACCUGACCUCUUUGGCUGUGCUGUAGUGCAGGUUGGAGUCAUGGACAUGCUCAAGUUCCACAAGUUUACCAUUGGACAUGCGUGGACCACUGACUUCGGCUGUUCAGACUGCAAGGAGCAGUUUGAAUAUUUAAUCAAAUACUCUCCACUUCAUAAUAUUAAACUGCCAGAUGAUGGCAUUCAAUAUCCAGCAAUGUUGUUGAUGACAGCAGACCAUGAUGAUCGCGUAGUUCCUCUCCACUCUAUGAAAUUCAUAGCUACUCUACAACAUGUUGUUGGCCAGAGCCCAAAUCAGAUUAAUCCACUGUUUAUCUAUGUUGAUACCAAGGCUGGGCAUGGCGCAGGAAAACCAACUGCUAAAGUAAUUCAAGAGGUCACUGAUAUGUAUGCCUUCAUUGCAGAAACAUUGCAUCUUGAAUGGGUCAAUUGAAACAGGCUUUGUUAUCUGUGCAUAAAAUUGGUAUUGAGUAGUUUUAAAAUAUGUAAACAUUUAGAAUACAUACUAGACAUUUAAGAAUGGGACUAUCAUAAAGUGGUAUGUUCUUUGGAAAGACCUUUUGGGAUUGAAGGGUGUCUUCAGACCUCAAUAGAGUGAAUGGUCCUACAAAAUAAGAGAUGUUAAAUAAACGUAGUUAACAUUUAGCAGCUAUGUGCAGCAUUUUGAGAAUAAAUAAGACACUUAAGA